UUCAACCUUUUCAUCUUCAUUUAUUAGUCCAAGCUAGAAUUCCCUUUCCCCACUUACAUUCCUCAUUCCUUUUCUCUCUCCACUUUGUGUGUUUCUUCUUCCCUAUGCAGCAGAAGUAGAGAAAGAAAUCAUGGAGCUAGGUUUAAGCUUAGGAGACUCUUCAAAGCCUCUAAUUGGGUUAAUGGAAAAGCAUCCUCAUCAAACUUCCAAAGAACUUGGCUUAGGCUUCAACACCACUUUAUCAAUUUGUCCAAUCAUUAAUACUACACCAAGAGAUCAACUUCAUCAACAACAAGAAGAAGAAAAGACUCAAAGAGACAUCAACAUCAACAACAACAGUAAUAGAACUGAAAAUCCUAAUCAUGUAUUGCAUCAACUUGAUCUUCUUCCUCAACUCUCAUUCCCAUGGAAUAAUCCUUCUCAAAACGGUAAUCUAUUAUCAACCGAGUUUGGAGGUUGUUCAAGGGGAUUGGAUGUGAACGUGGUUCCACCGGCGACGGUGGUUGUUAUGGCGGAUGAUGAGAUUGCGCUUUCAUCGUCCCCGAAUAGUGCAGCAUCUUCUUUUCAGAUGGAUCUAUGCAUGUACAGUCGAGGAGGAAGUGGUGGUAGGAGUUUGAGUGGUUCAGGAGGGAACAAGAGAGAAUUUUCUGAUGGUGAAGGCUAUGAUCAAAGGAAUUCAUCAAGAGUUAGUGAUGAAGAUGAUAACUGUGGUGUUCGUAACACAAGGAAGAAACUUAGGCUCUCUAAGGAUCAAUCUGCUUUUCUUGAAGAAAGUUUCAAAGAACAUCACACUCUUAACCCUAAACAAAAACUGGCUCUUGCAAAACAACUCAAUCUUCGCCCUCGCCAAGUAGAAGUCUGGUUCCAAAACAGAAGAGCAAGGACUAAGUUGAAGCAAACAGAAGUGGAUUGUGAAUACUUAAAGAGAUGCUGUGAAACACUAACAGAAGAAAAUAGGAGGCUACACAAGGAACUUCAAGAAUUAAGAGCUUUAAAAACUUCAAAUCCAUUCAACAUGCAAUUACCAGCAACUACUUUAACUAUGUGCCCUUCUUGUGAACGUGUUGCAACAAAUUCUACAGCCACUUCAUCUGUCACUAAUACUAGUGCCACAAUCAAUGGUAAUAACAAUAACAAAAUUAACCAGUGAUGAUUCCACCUCAAAAACCAGCAUUGGAAUUGAUUAUAUAGUGAGUUAUUGGAAAUUGAUUUAGUUUUGUAUAUAGGGAAUUUUAUGAGAGGCUGAUCAAUUGGAUUUUUGUUUUUUCUAGUUUAAAUUUCUUUGGAUAUUAUUCCUUUAAUUUCUUUGGAUUGAUGCAAGAAAAUUUUAGACUUGUGAAGAUAUAUAUUCAAAAGAAGACAACUGAAAUGAUACUAUUUUUUGUGAUAA